GGCGAGAGGGGAGGACACCCAGAAGGAGUGGCUGCAGCGGCAGUCGCGUCGGGCGAGGGGGAAGGACGGGCAGAAGGCAGCCAGGCGAGGCCGCGUGAAGAGCUCCGUCGCCCUCGCAGGCUCCACCAGAAGCAGCAUGGCCGUGGCGGUGGGAAGACCUUCGAAUGAUGACCUGCGAAACCUGUCCCUGUCAGGCCAUGUGGGUUUUGACAGUCUCCCUGAUCAGCUGGUCAACAAGUCAACUUCCCAGGGUUUCUGCUUCAACAUCCUUUGUGUUGGGGAAACUGGCAUUGGCAAAUCAACGCUCAUGGACACCCUGUUCAACACAAAGUUUGAAAGCGACCCGGCCACUCACAAUGAGCCUGGUGUGCGGUUGAAAGCAAGAAGUUAUGAACUUCAGGAGAGCAAUGUCCGUCUGAAGCUGACGAUUGUUGAUACCGUGGGAUUCGGAGACCAGAUCAAUAAAGAUGACAGCUACAAACCUAUUGUGGAGUACAUAGAUGCCCAGUUUGAGGCCUACCUGCAGGAAGAGCUGAAGAUCAAACGCUCCCUUUUUAAUUAUCAUGACACCAGGAUCCACGCCUGCUUAUAUUUCAUUGCACCGACUGGACACUCGCUGAAAUCUCUCGAUCUGGUCACCAUGAAGAAGCUCGAUAGUAAGGUGAACAUUAUCCCCAUAAUUGCUAAAGCUGACACCAUUGCGAAAAACGAGCUGCAUAAAUUCAAGAGCAAAAUCAUGAGUGAGCUGGUCAGCAACGGGGUCCAGAUCUACCAGUUCCCGACAGACGAAGAGACAGUGGCUGAGAUUAAUGCUACUAUGAGUGUCCACCUCCCAUUCGCUGUUGUUGGCAGCACCGAAGAAGUGAAGAUUGGGAAUAAAAUGGCCAAGGCCAGGCAAUACCCCUGGGGAGUUGUACAGGUUGAAAAUGAAAACCAUUGUGACUUCGUAAAGUUGCGCGAAAUGCUGAUAAGGGUGAACAUGGAGGACCUGAGGGAGCAGACUCACAGCCGACAUUAUGAACUCUACCGCCGCUGCAAGCUUGAAGAGAUGGGAUUCAAAGACACAGACCCUGACAGCAAACCAUUCAGUCUGCAAGAGACCUAUGAAGCCAAGAGGAAUGAAUUCCUGGGUGAGCUCCAGAAAAAGGAAGAAGAAAUGAGGCAAAUGUUUGUCAUGCGGGUGAAGGAGAAAGAAGCAGAGCUGAAAGAAGCUGAAAAGGAUCUUCAUGAGAAGUUCGACCACCUAAAGCGGACUCACCAAGAGGAGAAGAAGAAGGUAGAGGACAAGAAGAAGGAUCUUGAGGAAGAGCUGAACAACUUCCAGAAGAAGAAAGCAGCGGCCCAACUAUUACAGUCACAGGGUCAACAGGCUGGCUCUCAACAAACCAAGAAAGACAAGGACAAGAAAAAUUCAAGCUUCACAUAAAGCCUGCCAAGUCAAAGGAUGUUCCUGCAUUCACCUGCUUUUGCAGUAAUGUGUUUCAGCCAUCUUAUAUAUAUAUUUCUUUUAAACACAAAUCCUUAUUAUUAACUCAAUAAUAAUGGGGCGGGUGGGUGAAGCAGGGGGCAUCUGGCACUGGGCUUUAUUGGGUUGUUCCCUUCUUUGUUUCUCAGGAGAACAGAAAUGGUAAAAUUCUUUGAAAUGGGAACAAGAACUCCAUUGCAACCGUUUUAACUUGGGUCUUGUUCACAUAUUACACUUGGGUUCAUGGUUGGGCCAUGAUCCAGUUAACCCCUUGAGCUGCAUGAAACUAGGGCUGCUCACACUCCAUUUUUCUAAUUUUGGAAUGGCAAGUUCCACAUUACACCUGCAACAAUGCACUGCAAAGUGGGAACCUCAUCCAGAUACAAUGAAGCCCUUUAACGUUCCAGUGAUUUUAAUGGGAGAAUUGGGCUGCAAUCCUCUACA